CUGCCGUGUCGUUUUCGGUGGAACACUGGUGCGUUUUUGUUUACCUAGCAACAGGCAGCAGAUAGCAACGGUGUUUGACAAAUCACCGUGUCACCGCGGGAGCGAAUUUGGUUUCAAUAAAAUGUAUUCUGCGUGCGUUCAGACUAUUAUUACGGUGUGAUGAAGCGCCGAAAUAUUUUAAUUUAGCCUAGCUUAGUUGACAUAUCUGGCUGUCGUCUGGUUUCUACGCUAGAUAGGACUAAGCUAACGUUAGCCAGACUGAUAUCUGACAGCUAUCUUCUUCCAAAGAUGUCUUUUCAAGAGUCACCUCGGUCUGCUGAUGAGGAAGAGGCUUUCUACAUGCAGUGUAGAGCCGCAUACCUUGCUGUGUUCAGAUCUAGUUUGACAAAUAUCGCUUCGAGACAGCAGUUAUGUCGUGUUCUCCAGCAGGCUGGUAGAAAUCCAUCCCACGCCACUCUCAAUAAAUACUGGACGCCGAGAACUUCUAAACUGAACUUUGAUGACUUUUGUGAUAUUCUCAAGUGUGAGAAGAAAACUGAGGAAAAUGAGCUGAUGAGAGCUUUCAAAAAGAUGGAUGUGAACAGUGACGGCUACAUCACACAUAGUGAGCUGGAGAAGGCUCUUACCACUAGAGGAGAGAAAAUGACCACUGAAGAAGUGAAUGCUAUUUUCACAUUAGCUGACAUCAACAAGGAUAGAAAAUUGGACUAUUCAAAAUUCUGCAGAUUAUUUGUGUCUACAGUAGAGCAGUGUCAGAUAGCUGCUUUGGAGAGGCUCGAGGCUGAUGCCAAGCUGAAGAGACAGAACUUUGGCAGCCAGUCAUACAGCCCUCCAAAACCCUCCAUGUCAUCGGUAUCAUCAGCAGCCCAAGCAGCAACUCACCCUCAGCCUCCAGAAACAGCCCGGGCAGAAUCAGACACUUCACUCAAGAAAGAUAGCCGAUCAUCCUCUCGUCCCUCUUCCGCUCGCAGCAGACGGUCGUCCCUGUCAAACUCCAUCACUAUGACAUCCAGCAGCACUAAGACCAACAAGAUACCAGAGCCCUCUGGUUUACAGGAGUGGCAUCACAGCUACAUGAAGGGAUGUUUCUUUCUGGAGGAUGAUGGGAGUAUCAGUUCACUGCAGUACCAGCUCCACCUGCCCCAGACAACCAGCGUCUAUCUAACCAUCCAACCCCUCAGCCUCAGUCACAGAGCUGACAAGCCUUCCUCCUGGAUGACAGUGGACACAUCCAUUUUUGUCAUGUCAGCUGGGGAAACCAAAGAGGACUCGAUGUUUGUGUGUUUCACAGAGUCAAAAGACAAAGAAAAGUAUGUUUGGAAAGGAGAACUGAAUGCUGGGACUUACUACCUGCUUCCCUUCUCCAGUGGCUGCAAACUAAAGAAAAAGAGCAGAAAGAGCCUUUCUAAUAAACCUGUAGAGCUCGUCUACAAGACUGACACUGGAGAACUAGACCUCACCAGGGAGCUCAGGGAGGUGCUGUCUGACAUCUUUGAGGUGAUAGACCUGGAUGGGAAUGGUUUGCUCAGUCUGGAGGAGUACAACUUCUUUGAGCUGAGGACAAGUGGAGAGAAGUGUGACAAGGAUUCCUGGGCUGUCUGCAAAGAGAACUUUGACAUGAGGAAGAACCAGCUGACACGACAGGGCUUUAUGGAGCUGAACCUGAUGGAGGCCACAGAGAAAGACGGAGAUCCUGCUGACCUGUGGGUCACCCUGGAAUCAAUGGGUUACAACCGGAUGCUGGAGCUUGUGGAGGCUUGUCCAUUCCAGAUAGAUGCACACUGCGAAGGCACUCAGCCAUCUAUCCAGCCACUCAGUAUGGACUCGGGGCCCAAGCUUCUGAACCAGGCCCUCCAGAAGUCCAUCACAGCCAGGACAGGAGCCAAAUCACUGAGAGGACACGACAACGUCUUCAUCUACACCUACCGAGGAGAACACAGGAUCUCCUCUGUCAUAGCCAACAAGUCCAACCAGAAAGUGACGGUUCAUGUGAACAAUGAGCAGAGCAGGAACUGCUGCAGCAGUAGAGGCAUGAGUGUGUUUGCUGUAGAGGUGCCAGCCAGGACUAAGAUGGUGUGCCAACACGUCCUGCCCAUCAGUGAGAAACAGGAUUGGACCUACAACUGUGUGGAGACUAUACUGCCCUGCACGUAAAGCUGUACUCCCAUAAAGGAUUCACUGGUCUUCUAGUGAUACAGAAUAGCUACUAGUGAUAGUGAUGGGCCGAGUUCAUUCAUUAACCAAUGGUUUCAUAUGUGGUACACAAAGAAUAGAGAGUGUUGUAUAUCUAUAUGAAAAUUAUAGUUACAUUUUGUGUGUACUAAGUGCAACCACAGUCCAGUUAUAUGAAAGUCCAACCAGUACGAUGCCUUAUUAUUUUAACUUAAAGCUUAGCUGUGUGUUCUGUAAAGACUCAAAUUUGGAAUAUCGUCGAUCACAACAUCAGGAGUUGAGACACUCUGCCUACUUACAGCCAGCAGAUUCCUCAGCCCUACUUGCACAAAUCAGACAACAUCACCCAGCUGCUGUAUCAGAAGUCCCAUGCAUUAGUGGCAGCAAGAGGUGAUCACACAAGGUACAGUUGAUAAUGAUGAUAGUUGUUACUGCUUAUAUGCUGCUGUUGUGCAAUUUAUUUCCUGCUGUUGUCUCUGUUAUCUGAAGAAAUCUAAAUGUGAAUUUUGUUGUACUAAUUUAAACGAGUUUAAAAUAGAAUGUAAUUUACCAUAUUAAUGAUCAUUAACCAAUUGUAUAUUUUCAAUGUAAAUAGGCUUUAUCAUAGAUUUUACUAGCAGUUUCAUAUUAGUUGAUACAUAACACAGUUUUCCAACAUCUUAAAAUCACAGUUAAAAGAAAACCUAUUUUACUUUGUUAGCUACUUUUUUAAUGUCACAAUAUACAGUCAUGUAAUCAUAAACAAACUGAAUUUUUUAUUUUUUGACUUUUUAUAUACAGUAUUUUGCUUCAGAUUUAUCAGUGUGAAUGCUAUUUUUAAUACUCACAUCAUGUAACAGCACAUGUAAAUAAA